CAAAAUACGUCCAAUAAACGUUGCCCGAAAUAGUGAGUUUGUGACCCAAAUUCGCUCCAACCGAACGCACCAACCGAAAGCUCACAUUGCUGUCUAAGAAGAAGCUUUCUCGGCAUCCCUGACAUCCACAUUCAGGCCAUGACAAUGUUGCUUUCACACAGCGUGGGUGCUGGUCCCGCCGCCGCCCCAAGGAGUAAUGAAGUAGUUCACCGGCGCUGCACAGCAGUGGCCCACGCAACGCGCCAGAAAUCCGGGGCUUCAACUUCUAAGACUAGUGACGUAGAUGUCGAUGGACGUGGGCCAACUAUGCAGUCUUCAACUCGUGGUCGCACCAAGGCGGGCGACAUAACAAAACGGGAAACCAAGCCACACAAAGCUCGACCUCCAAAGGAAAGUGCUCCACAAGGCGAUGAUGCCGGCGAGGCCGGCGAGGGGCUGGAGGGCCUGGAUGAGCUGCUCGCCGACGAGGGUGCAGUACGGCAACUGCGCACCUCUCUCCUUGCGUCGCUGUCCGCGCAGCACGAGCAGGCCAUGCGUUCUGAGCAAAUGACGCCAACGACCCCAGACGCCGAAGCCAGCGGCUCCCCUCCAGCACUUCCCGCCGGCGCCGCUACCAUUACCGCCGACCGCCGUACGACUACGCCAAAGCACAAUACCGACAAGAGCGCCACCAUCAACGGCGACGGCGCCGCCGCCGGCGUCCCUUUAGUAGUGCUCAAGAAGGACAAGGCCCGGCUGUUCGUCAGCGGCAACCCGAUGGUGUACGGCGGUGCCGUAGACUGCGUCAUCGCGCGGCCGCCGCCAGGCAUUGGCGAGCCUGUCAUGGUUACCGACGCGUCUCGCCGACCCGUGGGUUGGGGUGUGUAUAACCCGCAUUCCAUGUUCCGCGUCAGGUUGUUCCAGAUGCAGUCGGAGGUGGAGGCCGACCCACGGGUCGCUCUGAACGUGCCGGCGCUCGUGCAGCUGCGUGUACGGCAGGCGGUGGAGCUGCGGCGUGCGCUUGGGCUGCCGAGUGCUGAUACCAACGUGUACAGGCUGAUAAACAGCGAGGGGGACAGGCUCUCGGGACUGGUAGCAGACGUGCUUGGGGACACGGUGGUGGUACAAGCGGGGGCGGGAUGGGUGCAAAGGUACCGACAGGACGUGGAAUCAGCCAUCCGUGCCGCCACGGGGCUCACACGGGUCGUGUGGCGACCUUUGUGGAGGAUUCUGCAGGAGGAGGGGCUGCAGCCGCCGGACGAGGCGGCGGAGGCGGAUACCGGGACGGAAACGGAGAUGCUGGAGGUUCGGGAGGCAGGUUUGCGGCUGCUGGCGAGCCCCAAGGGCCAGAAGACCGGGUUCUACGCUGACCAGCGAGACAGUCGGGGUUUUCUGGCUGGCUUGGUUCGAGCGCAGGCGGCCGCUGGGUUGCCAGUCUCGGUGCUGGACCUUUGCUGCUACAGCGGCGGCUUUGGGCUGGCAGCGGCGGCGGCCGGCGCGACGCGUGUCUUGGGUGUCGACUCCUCCGAGCCGGCGGUUAAGCUUGCAACUGCCAACGCCGAGCUAAAUGGCCUGUCUGCAACAGCAUCCUUUGUGCGCGCUGAUAUAAGUGACUUCAUGAAGGCAGCGGUGGCGCAAGGUCAACAGUAUGAUGUUGUGGUACUUGACCCGCCCAAGCUGGCGCCGGACCGUAGCGCUCUGGCGCGUGCACGCAUCAAGUACCUCCGGCUCAACACGCUAGCCAUGCGGCUGGUCCGCCCCGGCGGGCUGCUCAUGACUUGCUCCUGUAGCGGGGCCAUGACGCAGAGUAAUGAGUUUGUGGGCAUGGUAGUGGAGGCGGCACAGCAGGUUGGUCGGCAGCCGACGCUUCUCCGUGAGGCGGGUGCGGCGGCGGAUCACGUACUCAACCCCGCAUACCCGGAGGGAGAAUACCUCACAAACGUCACGAUGCGCCUGCUGUGA